GAAAGGGUUCUAGCUCUGUGGACGAACGGCCUAAAACGGUAAAACCUCCAUAAACCCCUCCGAACAUAAGAGCUUCAUAGUCUCUGUCUCUGCGUCUCAUUUUUGGUUCGUCCGCCGAAAGCUUUUUGACUGCGGACCAACAAUGGCUUCCAUUCACUCUGAGAAGCAGAAAACUAAGAAGAAGAAGAAGAACUCCUCCACACUCUCGCACCUGAAAACCCUAGGCCACCAGCUUCUCUCUUCUCGAUCCCACAUCAACAACCUUCCACUCCUUCUCUCCUACGUCUCCCCAUCCUCCCCUCCUCACCAUGUCCUCGAAUCCCUCCUCUCCCUCCAGUCCUUCUUCACCCCCCUCCUCCCUGACCUACCUCCUUCUUCUUCCAACUCCCCUUCUUCUCUCAACCAUUCCCAGGACGAUCCCGAAUUCAUCUACCGCACUUGGCUCCGCUCCAAGUUCGACGAGUUCGUCAAGCUUCUCAUUGACGUCUCGCUUUCUCCGCAAUCCGAUGAGACUCUCAAGGAGGUGGUGUUGGAUACGAUAAUGGAGUUUGUGAAACUCGGCAAUAGGGGAAAUUUUCAUUCUGCUAUAUACCACAGGUUUAUAUAUAGCAUUGUUCAUUCCACAUCCCCUGUGGAUUUCUUGUUAGAGUUGCUAGCUUCAAAGUAUUUCAAGUACAUGGAUGUCCGAUAUUUUACCUUCAUUAGUGUGGAAAAAAUUGCUAAAACUUUGGAUUCAAAGGAAACCUCAGAUGAUAAAAAAUUGAGUAAAGAUGGAAACAAUGAGAAUUGUUCUAGAGAAAGCACAGAGAACGUAAUUCACAAGCUGCAUUAUAUUUUAUCGCAUGUACCCUUGCUAGAAGACUCGGUUGAAAAAACUGAUUUUGAGAUUUGGAGUGGAUCAGGUGAAAAUGAAGAGCUUUCUGGAAACCAGAAAGCAGAAGAUGAUCAAAACAAGGUGAAGAAGAAUAAUUUCAAGAUGUUGUCUCCGGCAAAUAUUGCUAAAAGGAUUAAACUAAAAUUUACCAAAGCGUGGAUUUCAUUUCUUAGGUUGCCACUUCCACUUGAUGUGUACAAGGAGGUUCUUGUCAGUCUCCAUCAGGCAGUAAUUCCUUAUCUGUCUAAUCCCAUUAUGUUAUGUGACUUUUUAACAAGAUCAUAUGACAUUGGUGGCGUCAUCAGUGUUAUGGCUCUUAGUAGCCUCUUUAUACUCAUGACACAACAUGGUUUAGAGUACCCUAACUUUUAUGAAAAACUUUAUGCACUAUUGGUGCCUUCAAUCUUCAUGGCAAAGCAUCGUGCAAAGUUUUUCCAGCUUCUGGAUUCUUGCUUAAAAUCACCACUUCUUCCUGCGUAUUUGGCUGCUGCUUUUGCUAAGAAACUGAGCAGGCUGUCUAUUUCGGUUCCUCCUUCAGGAGCGUUGGUGAUUAUUGCAUUAAUUCAUAAUCUUCUAAGAAGACAUCCAUCAAUAAACUGUUUGGUGCAUCGGGAAAAUGUUGGUCCAGGUGCUAAAAUUGAUUCAGAAGCAGAAGAAAGGAUUGCUGACGGUGAGGAUGAAUCUAAAAAAAGGGCAGAUAUAUCUGUCAGAAAACGAGGCAUUGAUCAUUUUAAUAAUGGGGAAAGUGAUCCAAAGAAGUCAAAUGCCAUCAGAAGUUCACUUUGGGAAAUUGAUAGUCUAAGACACCACUACUGCCCUCCUGUUUCAAGAUUUGUUUUGUCACUUGAGAAUGAUCUUACAGUCAGAGCCAAAACAACAGAAAUUUCAAUAGAAGAUUUCAGCUCAGGGUCAUAUGCGACAAUUUUUGGGGAGGAGAUUAGACGAAGGGUAAAACAGGUUCCAUUGGCAUUCUACAAAGCAACUCCAACCUCUUUGUUCUCAGAGUCUGAGUUUGCUGGUUGGACCUUCAAACCUGAAGCCAGCAAGGAAGAGAAGGGUGGUGAUGAUGAGAAUGAAACAGAAAAAGCACCUGAAGAAUCUGAGCAUGGUUCAGCAAAGAGAGCUCGAACCUGAGUAUUUAUGAAUCAAAUACACUUUACCUUCCUUUCUAUCUCUGUUCUUUCAGGAAUUUUGCGAAUAUGUAGGCAUGCGAAUCUUCACCUCGGGCGAGCAUAGUUUUUGGUAAUAUUGUAAGUUUAUGUUUCCCUAUCCUACACAGCUACUCCAAUCUAUCUGCCUUUUAGCCAGGCUAACACUACGCUGUGCAAAUCUCAUAUUUUUUUGAUAACAUAUCAUCACUAUACAAAAUCAUUGUAAUAGAUUUCUCAGAGUGCGUUGUUUGAAAUUAAAAGAACUUGAAUGUAAUUUCUUAUUUUUUGUUA